AUGCAGGAGAUCCCUACAUGGGUGUGCAUUGCCCAGCACGAGUCUUCCUUUAACACCGCCGCUGUGGGUCGCCUUAACACCGAUGGCAGUGCGGACCAUGGUCUCUUUCAAAUAAGCGACUUAUACUGGUGCUCUCACGAUCUGGCCGGAGGAAAGGCAUGUCACAUAUCGUGCGACAAACUCCUCGACUCGGAUAUUAGCGAUGAUGUGCAAUGUAUAAAAACUAUAUAUGAAGAACAUACUCGUUUAUCAGGAGAUGGGUUUACAGCCUGGACAGUCUACAAUGGGCACUGCAGGCAAAAGAGUAAGUCAGAAAUUGCUGAGUGCUUUAAUAAAGAUAUAUUCGCGAAGGAAGAAGAAAGACCAUCCUCAAGUAACAGCUUAACUCGCACUCCUCAGGCUGCGUCCCAUGCGAAACCUAAAGGUAAAAUUUACAAACGGUGCGAGUUGGCCCAAGAGCUGUACUUUAAGCACAAGAUUCCAAUGCAGGAGAUCCCAACCUGGGUGUGCAUUGCCCAGCACGAGUCUUCCUUUAACACCGCCGCUGUGGGUCGCCUUAACACCGAUGGCAGUGCGGACCAUGGUCUCUUUCAAAUAAGCGACUUAUACUGGUGCUCUCACGAUCUGGGCGGAGGAAAGGCAUGUCACAUAUCGUGCGACAAACUUCUCGACUCGGAUAUAAGCGAUGAUGUGCAAUGUGUAAAAACAAUAUAUGAAGAACAUACACGGAUCUCAGGCGAUGGAUUCACUGCCUGGACCGUGUAUAAUGGACACUGCCGGAAGAGAAGCAAAUCAGAAAUUGCUGACUGUUUCGAUAAAAAUGUGUUGGCCAAGGAAGAAGUAAGACCAUCCUCAAGUAACAGCGUAAUUCGCUCUCCUCAGGCCGUUGGACAUUCCAAACCCAAGGGUAAGGUGUACAAACGCUGCGAACUGGCCCAGGAGCUGUACUUUAAACACAAGAUGCCAAUGCAAGAGAUCCCUACAUGGGUAUGCAUUGCCCAACACGAGUCCUCCUACAACACCGCUGCUGUGGGACGCCUUAACACUGAUGGUAGUGCGGACCAUGGUCUCUUUCAAAUAAGCGAUCUAUACUGGUGUUCUCACGAUCUGGGCGGAGGGAAGGCUUGUCACAUAUCGUGCGACAAACUUUUAGACUCGGAUAUUAGCGAUGAUAUUCAAUGUGUAAGGACUAUAUAUGAAGAACAUACUCGUUUGUCAGGAGAUGGGUUUACAGCCUGGACAGUCUACAAUGGACACUGUCGCCAUCAAUCCUUGGCCCAGUUAAGUGACUGCUUUUCAGGCAAUGAAAUCAAAGAAAGCCAACCAAUUCAUUAUGCAGAGAAACCGCAGACAACGACUCAGAAGCCACAAUUGAAGAUUCAACAUCCAGUAAAAAUCGCAGCUAACCAUCCCUAUGCGGAUAAUCCGUUCCUCCAGCCGCUUAUCAAGCUAGACGCAAUAUACUCGCACGUCAGCAACAACAACGAGGCUAUCAACUCGUUCACCAUCAACAACGAGACAAACAACUCGAUCACCAACAACAACGAGACAAGCAGCUCGCCCAACAACAACAACAGUGAGACCAACUACUCACCAAAAAACAACAACGAGGCAAACAACUCGAUCGCCAAUAACAACGAGACAAACAACUCGCUUCCCAGGAACAACGAGACAAACAACUCGUUCGCAAACAGCACGCUCUACUUUAGCAACGAAAUCAACAACUCGUUCGCCGGCUACAACUCCACGACCGCCGACAGCCGCUUGGUAUUCAACAACACCCAAGAAGACUACUCGAAAUCAACCGUUCAAUAUAAGCUACCGAGUACGACGCCCCGCCCACGACCCUCAACAACUCCGAAGCCAUAUCUCUUUGACGCCAAGACAAAAACAACAACAACAACGAGAAAAAGUACAACAACCACACGUAGCCCUACAAACAUUAGAAACAGCACUGCCAGCCCUUUCGAUCAUCCCUUCUUCGAUAAAUUCAGAGCUCAGUUCGAUGAAAAUAUUGCCUCUUCCACCAAUAGCCGCAAGCCCGUCAUAACGAGUCCGUAUUACGAUAAGUUUAAGCAAAAUAAUGCCCUAAGUGGCAGCAAAACCGUUUAUUCCUACGGGUUCGGACAGAACGGUCCCAAAACAACAACAAUAAAAAGGCCAUCCACGCAAUCACCGACAACAACAAGAAAACCUGCAAGCGGAUUUGACAUUUAUUUGAAUUGGAACAAAGGCUGAGCUCGUU